AUGAGUACCUCCUCCUUUAUAAAUGCCCUACGGAGAUUCAUAGCUAUCCGUGGACCAGUCAUGGAGUUCCGGUCGGAUAGGGGAACUAACUUUAUAGGAGCGACUGAAGACUUAAGGAUUUACACAAUCAAUAUUGAAGAUGGACCUACCAACCGCUUCUUGUUUAACAGUGGAACUAUAUGGAAAUUCAACGCUCCUCAUUCGUCACACAUGAGCGGUGCCUGGCAACGAAUGAUUGGAGUGGCACGCCGUAUACUUGACGCAAUGUUCAGCAACCUUCCUGGCAAAGGUUUAACACAUGAAGUUUUGUGCACCCUGAUGUCAGAAGUUUGUGCAAUAAUGAACUCAAGACCCCUUGCAGCAGUAUCCUCAGAUCCCGACUCACCAACCGUCCUGUCCCCUGCAACAAAACUCACUCAAAAGACAGGUCAGUGUGUGGAGUCUUUUCCACAAUUUGGAGUUAAGGACAUGAUGAAGUCACAGUGGCGUCAGGUGCAAGCCUUAGCAGAGCAGUUCUGGAACCAAUGGAGGGACAGAUACUUGACAACGCUACAAGCGCGCCAGAAGUGGACCUGUGAGCAGCCAAGUCUAAAGAAAGGAGAUGUUGUGUUGAUGAGAGACAUGGAGGUUCCCAGAGCGCAGUGGCCAAUAGCUGUCAUAGAACAGCGUUUUUCGAGUCAAGAUGGCUGGAUUAGAAAAGUGUCUGUGCGUGUGAUUAAGAAUCAGAAACCGUGUUUUACACUAGACCCAUAA